AUUUUUGUUCCUGCUGGAAAACCACCGCUGGGAUGAAGCCCCCUAGCACGUGCCUAUUGUUGAAAACCGGCCCGGCCCCGCCCCAAGACCGUUUUCUCCUACGUCCGCAAAAGCUUCAUAAAAACAGCGGAGGCGCGCGGCACGACAGGCAGUUUUCACCGUCUACGAGAAAGCAGCGAAAAUGAGCGGCCGCGGAAAAGGAGGCAAAGGACUCGGAAAAGGGGGCGCCAAGCGUCACCGUAAGGUUCUUCGUGAUAACAUCCAGGGCAUCACCAAGCCCGCUAUCCGCCGUCUGGCUCGCCGCGGCGGUGUGAAGCGUAUCUCCGGUCUGAUCUACGAAGAGACCCGCGGUGUGCUCAAGGUUUUCCUGGAGAACGUGAUUCGUGACGCCGUCACUUACACCGAGCACGCCAAGAGGAAGACUGUGACCGCCAUGGACGUGGUGUACGCCCUGAAGAGACAGGGCCGCACUCUGUACGGCUUCGGAGGUUAAACUCACAGCACCGACCCCAACUAAACCAACGGCUCUUUUAAGAGCCACGCACCAACUUUAAAGCAAAGCUUCCGAAUUACCAAACCACGAAUAUAUUGUGCUUCUGUAGUUGGUGUUUUUUUUCAUGAGUUAAUUUUAGUGACACGUUGAUACUAAAGCUGUAAGUUAAAUUCUACAAGAAUUCCUUUAGCUUAUUAGUAAACGGGCUGACAUUUUUAGCACAUAAUUUAAAGUAAUUGGCUAACAAAUAAAGUAUUGAGCAUAAUUUUGUAGGUGAUGUUCCAUGAAAUCAUAAAAUAGACUUUAGAUGGCUCAUCGCAACUGACUCGGGAGCGUUUUAAAAUAAUGCACAGCUACAUUACUCAUUACUGUCCUCGUCUCACCAUGUACUUAAAAUAUUGAGGGCACAAAGCAGUGAUUACUGUAGUUCCAUCCACAGUUCUACAGUUUGUUCAUAAGUUAUUCCUAAACUCAAAGAAAAGCAUUAUUACAUAUCACUGAGCUUAGAGCUUUAGUUAUUUGUUUUUAUAUUGUUGUUACAAAAGGAUUAAUGUAGUGCAUGUUAUUUGUUAAUACCAGCCUAUUUUUUUCUAUGGUUACAGAAAAGUUGAUGAAAGACCAAAAAUUAUUUGUUCUAAUAUUUGUUCAAAUUAGGAGAGGUAACUUACCAAACUGUGUUAAACUCUGUUGUCAUUAUUUUAUGUAUUUGCAAAGUAAUGUGACCGCUUGUACUGCUCUGGAAGUUAAACAGAGAGAGAACGAGUAUCUGUUUAAGUGAGGACAGAUAGAAGUACAGACUAAAGUGCAGAGAAAAGACAUCAAACAAAAAGAAAAUACUGCUGCUGAUUAUAAAUAUUUUAUUCUGUAUUCAUUUGGAAGUACACUAAUGCAUACGAGCCGAGCAGAUCUUCUCUGUCUUUUAAGUUUUCACGGUAUUGAGAUUGUGAAAGUUGGAGAAUAAAUGUUGACUCAUGAACAUCA